UGACGCGACUCUUACUACUCACCGUCUCCAGUUCAGUGUCCCAGAGUUUAAGGAGAGAUUAACUGCUGCAGCCGAAGAGACCUCGGAAAUUUAAAAAAGGAAACUGUUGGCGCAGACUACUGAACAUCCGAGAUAAAGUUAUACAUACAGGUACAUACAACUGUGACGGUGUCCGUGAACUAACAGGAACGCAGCUCAGGUGCUCCUGAAGCAUUUGUACACUCCAAGAUCGACGCCCUCAAGAACUCCCACAGCAACAUGAAGUGUGAGGAAGAGGAGGGUUUGGAUUACCAGCAGGUCUGUAACCAGGAGUGGAAGUCCAGUCUGGACCAGGAGGAUCCAGAACCUCCUCAGAUCAAAAAGGAAGAGGAGGAAUUCUGGACCAGUCAGGAGGUGGAGCAGGUUAAAGUGAAGCAGGAGGCCGAAGACAUCGUCGUCUGGACCGGGGAAGAGCAACUCAGACUGCUGGACAACAUCUGGAAACGUGAAAGAGACUUACACAGCAUAGAGGACUUCAUCGCUGAUUCGACUGGUUUUACGGCUGCAGAAUCCCACAAACGAAGAGCUGUUACUCACAGAAGGAGAUUCUAUGCGACCACAUCGUCAACGUUUCGGAGAGGAAAAAUGGCAGAACAGGCCGCCGGCAAGACAAAGUCUAGCACAAAGGAGGUUAUAGAAUUGCUUACACGGAGGGAGAGCGACGUCUCAGCAUCAGAGGUUUCUGAUUCAACUGAUGAGCCAACAUCUGAAGAUGAUCUGCUUUUUGAUGGAGAUGACCAGGCAACCUCUGAUCAUAAGUGGGAGCCAGCCAAACAGAGCGUGGAAGAUGCUUCUUGGUCAGAUGAAGAGGAUCUGACACCUGCGAGUGCACGGGCCAGGAGGAGCUUUAGGAGCAGAGCCAGAGCCAGAGAUGGAGACAGAGGCCGGAGCAGGAGCAGCACAAGAGGGGGAAACACAUCAACUCCAGCUGCAGACAGAUGGCAUGGUGUUGAGGUGCCGGAUAUAAUGCCACCCCAGCCCACUUUCUGUCCAUCCAGAACACCGGGAGCUCAGCUUGUAAUGAGUGCUGCAUAUAGUGCUGUUGAGCUUUUUCAACUGUUCUUCACUGCUGAUAUGCUUCAGAAACUGUUGGCUAACAGCAAUGAGUAUGGUAGAGCAUGCUGCUCAACACCAUCAAGGCCUUGGACAGACAUCACGAUGCAGGAUAUGUUUGGCUUUCUGUCUGUUGUCAUUUACAUGGGUUUUAUGCAAUGCUCAUCUCUAUCGGACUACUGGCGAGGUGGGAAGUUGUACAGUCUGUUGUUUCCGAAGUCGGUCAUGUCGCAAAGAAAGUGGAUCAGGAUCCUCAAUGCUCUCCACCUGAGUAGUGCAGCAGAGGAUUCUGCAAAUGAAGCAAAAAGAGGGACACCAGAAUUUGACCGACUUGGAAAAAUAAAACCUCUUUACAUGGAGAUGAGAGAAGCUUGCCGCCGAAACUACCAUCCUCGCCAGCACAUAGCCAUUGAUGAGAGAAUGAUUGCAUCACAACCAAGGGUUACAUUUAAGCAGUAUAAGAAGGGCAACCCUGUUCGCUGGGGCUGCAAACUGUUUGUCCUUGUAGACUCCAGCAGCGGCUACAUCUGGGACUUUUUCAUUUAUGAUGGCAAAACUGAUGGCAGCAGUGGAAAGGGUCUCGGUUAUGACGCGGUAACAAAGCUUAUAAACACCUCAUUGCUAGGCUCAGGCUACAAACUGUUUGUGGACAAUUUUUACACUAGUCCCACCCUGUUCCAAGAUCUCAUGCAGCAGAAGAUCUGGGCAUGUGGGACUAUUAGAACAAACAGAAUAGGUUACCCAAAAACAAAAGACAAUGCCCUUGCUCCUACAUCUCCACGUGGCACCAUCCGUUGGCUUCGCACCGGCUCACUCCUCUUCAUCCAGUGGCGAGACACCCAAGAUGUCUUCCUCUGCUCCACAAUCCACACAGCACACAGCAGUGACACAGUUACUAGGAAGGUGAAGGACAGCAAUGGACGCCGGACAAAGAAGGACGUCUCAGUUUCUCCGGCCAUCAGAGAGUACAACCAGUGCAUGGGAGGAGUGGAUGUCUCUGAUGCACUGAUUGGCUGCUAUCAAGUCCCCCACAAAACCCGCAAGUGGUAUAAGACAUUCUUCUACCACUUCCUUGACAUAGCAAUAGUGAACGCUUUCCUUCUCCACAAAGAGCUCUACACUGCCAAAGGACAAGUGCCGAUGUGCCAGAAGGCAUUCAGGGAGACACUGGCUGAGCAGCUGAUGCAGUUAGACUCUCAGGGGAGUGUUCCUAGGCCGUCUCAGCCAAAGACGUCUCAGCCAAGUGACUCACAACACCGGCUUCAGUUCAUCAGUGGGCACAGGUCUGAUGGUAGACUAAGAUGCCGUGUAUGUGGUACAAAGACUGCUGUUCAGUGUUCUACUUGUGACAAGCCAUUGUGCUUUAUCCCAAAAAGAGACUGCUAUAACCAGUGGCACAUGUACAAUGCCAUGUGAGGGGAUGAGAUGGGGGUGGUGUGUGUGUGUGUGUGUUUGUCUGUGUUUGUCUGUGUGUGUGUGUGUGUGUGUGUGUGUGUGUUAGGGGCAGAAUGAUUCUACAUAUCUGCAUUUUCCUGUGUUUUCCUGUUUUAUUUUUAUUACUCUGAAAAUAAACUCAUUUAUAAAAAUA